AUGUCGGUCUCUGCACAAACAAUCGCAACUCAAACAACAGUGGUUGCGCUCACACCCACAUUCAUCAGCGAUGUGACGACCACGACCACGGCACACCUUGCCACCACACUAUUUGCGACUCAAGGACAAACCUUGACCAUCACAUCGCCUGACGACCCACAGACUUCUACCACCUCUACCACCUUCACCACUCGAUACCUCCCCACCACAACGACAGCAUCUGCCACAGUAACUCUAACUGAACUCGACAUCUACCUGCAAAACACACGAGGGGAAAUCUACUCCACGUGGAUCAUUCCAUUUCCUGUCGCAGCCACAAACAGAGAAACACCCACUCCAAUCACCUACGUGGUCCAGCCAGGCAACGAGUCAGAUGGGGGUGAAGUCUGGGACAACUGGACGGCCAGGGAACGCGCAGGACUGAUCGUCGGGGUUAUUCUGGCAGCAGUGUUGAUAUUCGGAGUUGUCUAUUGGUAUUUCAUGCGGAAGAACAAUGUCUGGCUUGCUCAUGGAUGGUGGCCAUGGAUGGGUCAGGGGGCCAUGGCCCAAGCAGCACCUGGACCGCCUGCUCCACCAGCGAUGAAUAUGGUUCAGCCUACUCAUGUCAAUGGUGUUCUGAUGUCAUACGGUUAUGGUCCGGGUUACAGUCAGCCAAAUGGGGGUUUCUAUGGAGUGCAGCAUUGA